AAUAUCUGUUCCUCGUCCUCUUCUUCGCCCCCGACGCCACACAUUUCGUUUAGUCAACAAGGGCAACAUCAGAACGAAAUAUAUCACAACAGAGGGAGGACAUCGAGAACGCUACAGCAUUUAUCUGUACAGAAAACAUCUUCAGCCUCUUCUUGUCAAUCAGCCUCAGGGUCUACCGUCACGCUGUCAAAAUCUCCGAGCAUAUACAGCGCAUUCAAUUCAUCUACAGGAGGGCAAAAUCAUAAUCAUCUAGACGAGUUACCUUCGCAUGAGAAGAAAAAUAACACUAGCACGAAUUCAACAUCGAGAAGAAGCAGUAGGAGCACCACAUCAACUUCAAAAUUACAACUACCUCAAAAUACCACCACGACUGUAGCAGGACCCGGUUUUUUCCCCAAUAGAAGAAGUACCCACGACCCGCACCCUGACCCCUCUGGAUUUUUGUUUCAACAACUACCAGCGUAUGAUAAGACUUACCCGGACAUCAACCACGGUACGAAUUCUACUUGCGCUCAUCCUGGUGGACCACUAGUACAUGCGUCUUUUUCCUCCACCCCAGAGGCUCCAGUAGUCCAGCGAGAGAGUUGGAAAGAUCCGCCACCGCUUCCACCAUUGCCCUUUUCAACCGCAGUAGAAGACCAGCACACCACGCCAGCUACUGCUUCAUCUUUCGAAGCAGCAGGGCGAAAAAUUGAGGACGAUGGGUUUGAGGAGAUUCUGGACCAGUGUUGGCAGGGUCUAAACAGCGGCACGUACUCGUCCGUCGAAGAUUUUGUGGCUAAAAAUCCUCACGUGUACAACGGCGGCGGAAACCAGCUUCUGCAUCACGAAUACCGUGGCGCCCCUGCGCAAGAAGCAAGUCGUGGACCGAGAGCGGAGCUGGAAGCCGGUCCGCACAAAGUAGAACCGCAAGUCGAAUACCAGGUAGUAGCGAACAAAAAGACCACAUCACCUGCACGAACAAAUAAACGCCAGACGGUACGGCGCUUCCGUCCGCCGCCGGGCUUGGAGCAUCACUACCAGAAGCUAAACGAGCAGCAGGACGACCGAAACUCGGGCGGAACAAACAGACUUUUCCGGCAGCACCACCAGUCACAAUACACGGCUGCGGCGAAUAACUUCCUUUUUCCUGUAGCGAGCGCUGUACAACCGGUGUUACCUGCGCGAGCCGCGGCACCCCCUAGUUUCGCGAACUACUUUCCCUGCUCUUGGUUUUAUCCACAGCAAAAUAAGCAUCAAGAUCUUUUUGAAGAAGGUGGAAAUUCAUUUUACCCGCAAAGUAGUCCUUGGACUUUCUCGUCCCUAACGACAACCCCCACUACAACUACUAUUGCCAGCCCGCCCGGCACCAUGGGCAGGCCGGGCGGAGGAAAAGGCGGGAAGGCUGCGAGAGAGGAAAGGCAGAUCGCCGUGUUGGAAAGCACGAAGCACCCGCCGUUUGUGUUUCUCGAACUGGAAAACUCAGCGGCUGCGCGGGAGAAAUGGCAGGUGGUACUGUGGAACGAAGCGAAGAGGUGCUUCUCUUUUCGGUUCCCGAACUACUUGCCAGAAAACCGACUUGCCUACUACUACGAGCAAAUCAAAAACCUCGCACCCUGGGACGAUAUUCUGAUAGGUAUUUGUGUUCGGAGAGGCUGUUAUUUCGAAGCAAUUCUCCUGUGCACUUUUGCGAUUAUAGCAUCAUCACCGAAAGGGAAACUUUAGAUCGUUCCGUUCAAUGUCGACUUCUGCACUAGAAUGAAAAAAACCCGAUGAUGAUCAGGUCCCCGGGACGCCGCGGUCCGCAAGAUAUCGCGGAAAACCGCGUGGUGGGUGUGGGACCCCGCCUGCACGUGCACCUACACGUACGGGGUCGAUACGAGGGUGGAUCCCAAGGACAAAAACCGGCUGAAGCAGGAGUUCAACGACCUGAUGCACGAGCUGUGGAGAGAGCUGAGGUUCGAUACCAUGGAAAUCGUGCCCAACAGCGUCAAUUUAAACCUCUACGAAGACGGCAGCCAGGGCUGCGGCUGGCACGCAGACAACGAAUCGCUCUUCGAUGGCACGAACCGUGACUGCCGGAUUUUGAGCCUGAGCCUCGGCGGACCCCGGGAGUUCUGGAUCGGCGAGCUCACAGACGACGACCCAGACUAUUUCGCGCAUGUAUAAUUUUAAUUUCAACAGUGUUUUUGUUGUGUGUUUAUGUGUGGUCAUUUGUCGUGUUGGAUACUAGCACACAUCGUGUACAGCGGGAUGAACAAAUUGCAAUUGUAUCCCAACAUCAUCUAUCACAGGUGAAGCGCGACACCAUCGUGGAGACCACUUUGAACGCGGGCGACUUGAUCACCAUGGAAGGCAUGAUGCAGAAGUACACGCAGCACUACGUUCCCUACGCCCACACAAGAAAGGCAUCCACCGCUCCCCGGAUCAAUCUCACCUUCCGCGACCUGGUGGUGCACAAGAAAAACUGCAAGCUGCACGGGCAGAAAACGAAAGGAACGAAGGGAGAAAUAAUGCUAACACCAAAACAAGUGGAGCAGGAAGAGACAAAGACUGAGACAGCGAAUUUGAAACAAGCGGAAACAAAAAUAAAACCAGCAGCGGAUGAAUCGGGGGCGGGUGGAAAAACGAGCGAGGCAAGUCGCUACGUCGGGUUUGACACCUACCGCCACGCGUGGACAGCAGCGCAUCCCGAGGGGAGGGAAACAGUCAAGGAAACCAAGUGGACGGCGUGCGCCAACUGCAACGACGCGCCGCAUUUGAAAGGGAGAAGAUGCAUUUUGAUGGAGCCGUCCUCGGAUAAGGAUGUAAAAAUAAAAGGAGAAGUACUGAAAAACACCGAAAAUAAUGAGGGCAACACCGCGGACGCGAAAGCAAGAGGAAAGUCCAGAUCAAAGUCAAAAGGGAAGAGGUCAAAAUCCGGGCAAGGCGAAACGGAGACACCAGCGGAAACAUCGAAGGACGUCGACACUGCAGUGUCAAAAAAGCCGGAGUUUCACUGCCGGCGGUGCUGCGUCGCGGCGAACCCAGCGUUCGAUUCGAUGCUGUCUUUGGAAGAUUUUUUGCAGAAGCGGGAGCCGAAAAUCCAAGACGCAAUGUCGGAGAUGAUUAUGUCCGGGAAAAAUCCGGCAGCUGCAGAUGGCACUGUCACUGAGGAGAAAGCAGUCCAGAGAUUACAACUCGAUUCGCUGCCCAUCUCGGUGUACGCAAACUAUCGAGAGGAUGUGAAGCACGUUUACGGCAGUGCGUCUCCCGCGAAAAAGAAGCCGCUUUACAUGCGGGAAAAGAAUGCCAAGAAGUUCGAGCCGGAAGCUCGAACUGCAGAGACCACGAAGAACGUGAUCAAUUUAGCGGCGAAAAGUGGCGAUAUGAACGCAGAUGAUGCAACGGCGAAGGAGUAAAAUUUUUUGGUUUGUUUAUAGCGUAGUUACAUCCCUCCACUUAUGUUCAGGUACUGGUUCGAAUGUUUCAGACCUCAAUUAGCCAUUUGCACCUUUCUGAUUCAACAUCAGAAUCGAAAAAUUUAUGUUUCGAACAUCGCAACAAUAAUUCAACUACAGAACCCCUACUUCGACCGCCACGCCGGGCAGUUCCGCGCGAAACAAGUGGAAAAAAACCGACAAAAAGGAGGAAAGUUACACGCCAAAAAGUAACCGCCACGAGGACCACUCCAGCUGGUGGGGCAAGAACAAUUGGGGUGGGAAUGACAAGAAUUUUUAUGCCGCGAAAGACGAGAAAUAUGACAUGGAGAAGGAAACAAAAAAAGAAAAAGACAAGCGGUACUAUGAAGAACAAUACGACAGUUCUUACGAUUACAACAAGGAUAGCUACGACUAUAAUUACGAAGAGUCAAAGAAGAGUAGAAGCAAGCAAAAAGACGACGGGUACUACAACUGGUACAACGCGGAGGAAAAUACGUAUAAAGCGCCAAAUAGUAAAAUGCGGUCGGACCACAAAACGGAUAGAUCCACUCCCUCGUCCACUUCACACAGCAAGACGCCCUCUUCCCGCUGGCAGAACAGAGCCGCAGGAGGUGGCAAGGCGAACAGAAGGGAGUACUGGUCAGAGAAUGUGGAUGAACGUGGUGCAGGAAGAAAAGCAGCAGGUCAAGAGGAGCAGGCUGUUGUGGAUUGGGGUGUGGCCUGGAAACAAACAAAAGCCGCUGCGGAGGAUAAAAGUUGGGGCGACGAGAAGAAAGAGAAGUACUGGGAUAAUUAUGACCCCUACAAUGGCGGGUACAACGGAAACAAGUAUAAUAACUACAGUGCUUCUCCCUCGAAGCGGGGCGGAAAUUAUGACCGGUAUGUUGAAAAGACGGGUGAUAAGUGGCGGUAG